UCGGGCAUGGCUUUGGGCGAGGCGGAUGGAGCGGGGUCGGAGCCAGAGGAAGGGAAGACUCAGGAGCCAGGUGUCACCACCACGAGAAACAUCCUGGAGAGUUUCACGGAGAGUCAGGAAAUCGGGGGGCUCAUCGGUAACCUGAAGGGAGUCUUUGGGGAUCUGGUGACUCGAGAAAUGACCGUGGAAAAAUUCAUAGGUAUAAUGGACAAAUACCAGGAGCAACCUCACUUGUUGGAUCGCCACUUAGAGUGGAUGAUGAAUUCAUUGCUGGAUAUAGUACGGGACAGUGGAUCUCCUCCCCCGCUAGUUCACCUGGCUUUUAAAUUUCUUUACAUCAUUACAAAGGUGAGAGGGUACAAACUUUUCCUCCCACUGUUUCCUCAUGAAGUAGGUGAUCUACAGCCUGUGUUGGAUAUGCUUGCAGACCAGAAUCCAAAAGACUCUGAGACUUGGGAAACUCGUUAUAUGCUUUUAUUAUGGCUCUCCAUGAUAUGCUUGAUUCCUUUUGAUCUGGCCCGUUUUGAUGGAAAUAUUAUUUCUGAGGAAGGGCAUGCUCGUAUGCCAACAAUGGAUCGCAUACUUAAAAUAGCAAAAUGUUACUUGGUUGUCAGUGACAAGGCUCGAGAUGCAGCUGCUGUACUGGUUUCAAAAUUUAUUGUCCGCCCUGAUGUCAGACAAAAAAGGAUGGCAGACUUCCUGGACUGGACACUUUCAAUGUUAUCUAAAUCCUCCUUCCAGACCAUGGAGGGGACUGUUGUUAUGAACGGCAUGCUCCAGGCCCUGGCACAGUUAUUUAAACAUGGCAAAAGAGAAGAUUGUUUACCAUAUGCUGCUACUGUACUUGAGUGUCUUGAUAACUGCAAGCUGUCAGAAAGUAAUCAGAUGGUUCUUCGCAAGCUAGGGAUGAAACUUGUUCAACGACUUGGACUGACAUUUGUGAAACCGAAGGUAGCAAAAUGGAGAUACCAGCGUGGCUGUCGAUCUCUGGCUGCCAAUCUGCAAGCUCAGGGUUCAGUUGUGCAGAAUCAAAUGAUGACAGUUGCUGCUAAUGAAGCUGACGAUGAAGAGGAAUAUGACAUUCCAGGAGAGAUUGAAAAUGUUGUAGAGCAAUUGUUGGUUGGACUGAAAGACAAAGACACUAUUGUCAGGUGGUCUGCAGCAAAAGGAAUUGGUAGAAUAACUGGAAGACUUCCAAAAGAAUUAGCAGAUGACGUGAUUGGGUCUCUGUUGGACUGUUUUAGUUUCCAGGAAACAGACAAUGCAUGGCAUGGUGGAUGCCUGGCUCUGGCUGAAUUAGGCAGAAGAGGAUUGUUACUCCCUUCCCGAAUUUCAGAAGUUGUGCCUGUCAUUUUGAAAGCGCUGACAUAUGACGAGAAGAGGGGGGCAUGCAGCGUGGGUUCCAACGUGAGAGAUGCAGCGUGCUAUGUGUGCUGGGCCUUUGCUCGUGCUUAUGAUCCUGCAGAACUGAUACCAUUUAUUAAUCAGAUUUCAAGUGCAUUGGUUAUUGCUGCAGUAUUUGAUCGUGAUGUUAAUUGCAGAAGAGCUGCUUCUGCUGCCUUCCAGGAGAAUGUUGGGAGACAGGGCACUUUUCCACAUGGCAUAGACAUUCUAACUGCAGCUGAUUAUUUUGCUGUUGGUAACAGAGUUAACUGUUAUCUGACUAUAAGUGUCUAUAUUGCUGGCUUUCCUGAGUAUACACAGCCAAUGAUUGAUCAUUUAGUUAACAUGAAGAUUAACCACUGGGAUAGUGUUAUUCGAGAACUUUCAACCAAAGCUCUGCAUCACCUUACUCCACGGGCUCCUGAAUACAUGGCAAAUGUGGUUUUGCCAAGACUUCUACCUUUAUCAGUGGGCACAGAUCUGCACACACGCCAUGGGGCAAUUCUUGCCUGUGCUGAGAUCACCCAUGCACUGUGUAAACUAGCAGAAGAGAAUAAUAGAUCUAUAACAUAUUAUUUCAAUGAAAAAUCAUUGGAGGGACUUAAGCAAAUCCAUCAAGAGCUUUGCAGUCGUCAAUUGUACAGGGGUUUAGGUGGAGAAUUGAUGAGACCAGCUGUCUGCACUUUAAUUGAAAAGUUGUCGCUAUCAAAAAUACCAUUUAGAGGAGAUCCAAUAAUCGGUGGCUGGCAGUGGUUAAUAAAUGACAGUCUAAGAAGUCUCCCUCUUGUUUCAAGCGCUGCACGACAGCAUAUAAAGGAGUCUGCAGUCUCUGCACUGGCUGCGCUGUGUAAUGAAUAUUACAUCAAUGAAAAGGGAGAAGCUGAUCCAGCUCUACAGGAUGAGCUGGUGACACAGUAUGUUUCAGAACUACAAAACACAGAGGAAAUGAUUCGUUGUGGCUUUUCACGAGCUCUUGGGGCCCUUCCAAGAUUUCUGCUGAAGGGCAGGCUCCAACAGGUUUUGGAAGGUUUGAAAAAAGUUACCUUAAUUUCCCCUGCAGAUGUGAGCUUUGCAGAAUCCAGAAGAGAUGCCCUAAUAGCAAUUGCAAAGGUUUGCCAGACAGUAGGUGUAAAGGGAGAAGGAUCCCAGGAAGAAUAUGUCUGCAAAGAUAACGUUACUCAGAUUUAUGCUACGCUACUUAGUGGUGUGACUGACUACACCACAGACAGCCGAGGAGAUGUUGGAGGAUGGGUACGUGAAGCUGCUAUGACAAGUUUAAUGGAAGUGACGCUUCUGCUGGUUCAGAAUGAAGCGGAGUUAAUUAAUGCCAACAUUUGCAAACAGAUUAUGUGCUGGCUGGCUCAACAGUCAGCUGAAAAAAUAGAUAAAUUUCGAGCUCAUGCAGGAUCUGUGUUCCUUACUCUUUUACAUUUUGACCAUCCUCCGGUUCCGCACAUACCUUAUCGAGAAGAGCUGGAAAAGAUAUUUCCAAGGUCAGAGAAAGAGACUCUCAACUGGAAUGCCGCAUCAGAAGCUUUCCCUCGAAUCACCCAGCUUUUGGGUUUGCCAACAUACCAAUACUAUGUGCUUUUGGGUCUCUCGGUGUCUGUUGGCGGAUUAACAGAGACAACGCUCAGAUACUCUGCCCAGAGCCUUUUUGACUACAUGAAGAAAAUCCAGAAUGAUUCCAACACUAUGGAGAGUUUUUGUGAGACGUUGCUAAAGGUCUUUGAGGACAACCUGCGGAAUGACCGGGUGUCUGUACCCCUCCUGACAAUGCUGGACCAAAUGCUGGCAAAUGGCUGCUUUGAGAUAUUUACCAUGCAAGAGAACCAUCCCUUUUCAGUGAAGUUAUUUACCCUUUGUAAAGAAGAGAUCAAAAGAUCCAAAGACGUCCGGAAGCUUCGCUCCAGCAUAGGAGUGUUUUGUGGCCUGAUUCAAUUUCAAGGAGACAUGAAAGAGAAAGUUUUAUUUCAAUUGUUUCUCCUUCUUUGCCAUCCAUUUCCUGUAAUACGGAAGACGACAGCCAGUCAAGUUUAUGAGAUGUUGAUAACCUACAGCGAUGUAGUUGAUCCUGCCAUUAUGGAUGAGGUUAUGACCGUACUCAGCGAUACCAACUGGGAAGCUGAAUUGCCAGUAGUAAGAGAGAAACGCAACUAUCUCUGUGAUCUCAUGAAAGUGCCCAAACCACAGCUGGUAUCCAAGGUAAAGUACGGAAAUGUGCUCCUGAGGGUUUCUUUUUUAAAGAAACAUAGUAAUGAUCAAUUGUUCCACCAAAUCUACUGUGUACUUCUGAGCAAGAGAUGCAGUUCUUCACUGGUGCAUGAAUGUACCAAUGUCCAGCAAUUCCAUAUAUUCCGUAGUAAGCUGUGAGGACGUUCCUCCUGCUGAAGACUGUUGUCUUAAGCUCUUCCAGGCUCAUUUCUUGAAAACAUUUCAGACUUGCAGUGUGACAUCGUACUUAGACAAAACACAAGAAUGAAAUAAUACAGUACAGAUGUUUCAAAAACUGUUCAUCUGCCCUUUCUGGGGAAAGAAGGAGGAUAAAAACUUCCCAGUCAAUUUCAACAACGAAAUGAUAAUGUGGCUGGUCGUGCAAGCCACAGAAUUCUAACACUGCCUAAGAGGAAGAAUAUAGUCUAAACGUUAAUACAUUCAUAAGAUGACAGACAUUAUAUCCACAUGUAGGUCCCAUUCCAUUUUAAUGCCGAUAGUUUGGAAUUGCCCAUCUGCUCAGGAUUUCAGAAAUACCGAAUUUUCUGCUUUGGUAAGAGUUCCUGAGAGGUUCCUUUCCUCUCUCUCCAAAGAUGAGGAGGCCGAAUUAUUACUGUUUUAGAGAACAUGUGUUACAGUUUACGAAGAAAAAUUAUUUUUACUUUGAGUAUUACAAGACAAGGUGAAAACCCUUGAUGACUCAAGGCUACUUCCCUAAUAUCACAGGCAUCCACAGCAUAUAAUCCAUUCUGUAAACUGAUUAAGCUUAAAAACAGUGGUAUCUCAAUUUAUUCUUGACCUUUGUAAUUUUCAUUGUUCUGCUUUCAUACUUCUAGAAAGUUUUGUCCUUUGUAAUUAGUUUAGAAUUCAGAAACAUCACCCGUGCAGUCUUCUUUCCUAAGUUUUUCCUAAUAGAGGGGAUCUUCAUUCCCUUCAUUUUCUCAUUAAAGUAUUUGAACACCAUUAAGUUUAUUUUCAUGACUAGAAUUAUGCAAAGCAUUAUUUUGUUGCCCUGCACAGUUCCAUUGCAGAAUUGCAUUAGCCUUUUUCACAGCUGCAGCAUCUGUGGCUGAAAGUCACCGAGUCUUUUCUCCUUCAGAGCAUCUAAAGGUGAUCUGAGCUAACGGCACGUUUAAAGUGCUUGUUGAACUGGCUCUUUGUGAUACUACAUGUGUACGUCUUUGAGGUCAGCCAGUUCUUCCUGUGUGAUAUUCUGAUAAUCCUUUACACUGAAGAUGCUUCCUAAUGUAAGUAGGUCCUGUGUUUUGAGUUGUCAUUGAGAUAUACAUAUUAAAAAAAAAGGUAUUAGUCUUCUGACCAAUUUUUUAAAUAUACUUAAGACAUCUGUGAAUAACCUUCAAAGACACCCUGCUGUCCCCAGAGCAGUUUUCUCUGCUCAUCUUCCUGUUCUUACUGUCUACAGCUUUCUGCUUUUAGUACAAUUUUAAGAAACCCCCGACUAACAUUUUUGCAGUUUUGGAAAACAAGAAUCUGAACCUCUUGCCCAUCCAAGGCAUUGUUUUUAGAGCAAAAGUUGACCUGAGCAUUGCUGUUUCAAGGCUUUCUAGUCAACUAAUAGAAAUGUUAUGUUCAAAAUGAAGAUGUUACAAGAUGAAUUCACUGAUCUCAAAAAAACUUAUUUCAACUCCUUAAUUAUUGGAGGCUGAGAGAAGCCUGACAAGUUAGGAGAAAACUGUCUCUGAUAUAAACAAAAGAAUAAGAAAUAGCCCAAUAAAUACAUACAGAUAUUCCAGACGGAAUGGUUACAAAUAUAUCAUGUGAAAUCUGGAAGUUAUGUGGCUGAAUUUGGAACUUCACCUCUUCCUCCUCUUUUAAUGUAAGUAAAUAGUUAGUAUAACUUUUAGCAAAAAGUUAAGCCUGCACCUGCCCUGAGAGCUGCUGGAGUUCACUCCGAGAGUGAUACUCACUGAACUUGAAGGAGUUUUCACAGCUGUCCAGAUGGCCCAAGUAGCAGCCAGUUUGCGCUCACACAAGAGCGCACAACACUGCUCUUCUUCAAGAGCUCACAUAUCCUGAGAACAGAGAAGAAACAACAGGGGAAGCCAAGCAUAACAUUAUGGAAAGUGAAUGAAGUUAAUUUCACAUGAAAUCAACGCUUACUUAUCAUUCCUUUAAAACUUGUACAAAUUAAAGGGUAGUUAAAAAUGAAGGUGUUAAAAAGAACUGUAAAUAUUACAGCUUUGUACAUCUAUAUUUUCUUCUCCAUUUAGUUUGCUUAAUUACAUGAUUGGGAUACUGUUAAAAUAGCAAUACAUGCUACUCCACGUGACCUCUC